CUCCCGCCGUCCCUUUAACAGCCAGCGGCGCUGCUCGGAGUUCAGGCCGGGGUCAGGGGGAGUUCGCAGCCCGGGUUUCACCUCCGAGCUGGCGGCGUCGGGAACCCCGAGGAACCGCUGCUGCUUCUUCCACCGCCACCUCCUCCUCCUCCUCCCGUUCCGUAGGACCGGCCGGGAGCGCGGGGUAUGGAGGAGCAGCAGCAGCAGAGGAGGAGGAGGGUGGAAGGGAACAGCAACCGGCGGCGGCCCCCCCGGGGCUGAGCCAUGAGAGUUCACCGAGACCUCGGCUGGUUGGCGGAGGCCACCGGGCGCCCAGGGCGGCGGGCGAGGAGCGGGAUGCUGGACGCCAUGGAGGUGCCGAGCCACUCGCGGCAGCUGCUGCUGCAGCUGAACACGCAGCGCACCAAGGGCUUCCUGUGCGACGUGAUCAUCGUGGUGCAGAACGCGCUCUUCCGCGCGCACAAGAACAUCCUGGCGGCCAGUAGCGCCUACCUCAAGUCGCUGGUGGUGCACGACAACCUGCUUAACCUGGACCACGAGAUGGUGAGCCCCGGCAUCUUUCGCCUCAUCCUCGACUUCAUCUACACCGGCCGUCUGGCCGAGUGCGAGCCGGGUGGCGAGCAGAGCCUGGGCGCCGUGCUGGCUGCUGCCAGCUACCUCCAGAUCCCCAGCUUGGUGGCCCUUUGCAAGAAGAAGCUGAAACGCAGCGGCAAGUACUGCCACCUGCGUGGGGGCUACGCGCCCUACAAGCUGGGCCGGGGGCUGCGCGCCGCCACGCCAGUUAUCCAGGCCUGCUACUCGGGGACGCCGCGGCCCGUGGACCUGCCGCCCGUGGAGCCGGCAGCGCCGCUCAACACGCAGUGCGGGGAGCUGUACGCCUCGGCCGCCCAGGGCACCCCGCUGCACCCCCACGGGCUGUGCCCCCCGGAGCGCCACUGCUCGCCGCCCUGCGGCCUUGACCUCUCUAAGAAGAGCCCCACCGGCCCCUCCGCCCAGCUCCUGCCCACCGACCGCCUGCUGCCCGGCGAGCCCCGCGAGCCCUCGCUGCCCCCGCGGCACGACAGCCCCCCCGUCAGCGCCGGCCUCCUGGCCGGCCACACCGCUGCCUACAAGGACUCCCCGCCAGGCGGCGAGCCGGGGGGACACCCCCACGCCCCCGACCCCUUCCGCAGCACGCCGCCCUGCGCCGAGCCCCCGCUGCCCCGCGCUGAUGGGCGCGAGCUGAUGUACCGCUGGAUGAAGCACGAGCCCCUGGGUCCCUACCUGGACGAGGGGGAGGCGGAGAAGGAGCUGGAGCGGGAGGAAAAGGCCGAGUCGCCGCCCACGGCGCCGCAGCCCCGCUACCCCAGCGUGGAGAGCAACGACCUGGAGCCCGAUAACAGCACGAGCGAGGAGACGGGCAGCAGCGAGGGCCCCUCGCCCGGUGACGCGCUGGACCGCUACUGCAACCACCUGGGCUAUGAGCCGGAGAGCCUGGGCGACAACCUGUACGUCUGCAUCCCCUGCGGCAAGGGCUUCCCCAGCUCCGAGCAGCUCAACGCCCACGUGGAGGCCCACAACGAAGAGGAGCUCUAUCACAAAGCGGCGGCCGAGCAGGCCGUGCCCUUCCUGGACAAGGGUGGCCCGGGUCUGGGUGACAUCUUGCGGCCCUACCGCUGCUCCUCCUGCGACAAGUCCUACAAGGACCCCGCCACGCUGAGGCAGCAUGAGAAGACGCACUGGCUGACGCGCCCCUACCCUUGCACCAUCUGCGGCAAGAAGUUCACGCAACGUGGCACCAUGACCCGCCACAUGCGCAGCCACCUCGGCCUCAAGCCCUUUGCCUGCGACGCCUGCGGGAUGCGCUUCACCCGCCAGUACCGCCUGACCGAACACAUGCGCAUCCAUUCGGGCGAGAAGCCCUACGAGUGCCAGGUGUGCGGCGGGAAGUUCGCCCAGCAGCGCAACCUCAUCAGCCACAUGAAGAUGCACGCGGCCGGCCCCGACGGCAAAGCCAAGCUGGACUUUCCCGACAGCGUCUAUGCCAUGGCCCGCCUCACUGCCGACCAGCUGGGGCUCAAGCAGGAGAAGGCAGCCGAGCUGCUCUCCCACACCUCGCACUUCUUCAGUGACCCCAAGGCCAUGGAGAGCCUCUACCCUCUGGCCAAGUUCACAGCCGAGCACCUGGGGCUGAGCCAGGACAAGGCGGCGGAGGUGCUGGUGCAGGGUCCGCACCUCCAUGCCGAGGCCGCCCGGACCAUAGAACGCUAUUCGCCCCCCUAGCGCCGGCCCGGCCGGGGGGUGGGGGGGGCCGCCGGGCUCCCCUCGCUGCCCCGUGUGGAGCUGGGGGGGGGGACGAGAGGUGGUGGGUGCUCGUCCCCUGGUGCUGCCGACGGCCUUGGAGAACUCGCUCGUAGUGGAAGGUCCCGUGAGAGCUGCCCUGGGAUGGCUGGACGGCGGGUCCCUCGAGGAGCGCUCCAGCUUGCCCAGGAGAAGCCGAUAAUUCAGGGACUGACCUCGCAGCGCAGCCCCCCCCUCGCCGCAGGGGGCUGCCGGCACCCCGACAUCGGGGUGGGAGCGAAGCACAAGCUGUGAGGCCGGGCUGCGCCCCGAGGCUUUGGAGGACAUGAGCCCGCUCCUUACCUCAGGGCCGUCCCCGGUGCUGCCCCCCGGGCGAGGGGACGCCCUCGGCAGCCGCCUGCAUCGCCCUGGCCCCACGGCGGGACCUGUCGGCGCUCGGCUCUGCCGCGACGGGACACGGACUGUGCCGCCUCCACUGCCGUGGGCCCGUGAGUAGUUCGUCCAUCGUGGCCGGAGUGACGCCUCUGAGCUGCCGGCAGCCGUCCUGACCGGGAGCAGCGAGCGUGGCCAUGCCGGGGCUGGGGGGUGUGUGCCGGCCAAACCCCCGGGGCCAUGCCGGGAGCUCGGGGACAGACUGAUGGAGGGAGACGGCGGGGUCUGAGCAGCAGGCACAAGGCGGGGGGAUGGCGGUCGUGUCCGUGCCGGGGGAACCGGGGAAUCACGAUGCUCCUCGUCCCGGAGCAAGCACUGACCUCCCGGCCCUAACCCCGGCACUGGGGAAUCGCGAUGCUCCUUGCCCCGGAGCAAGCACUGACCUCCUGGCCCGAACCCCAUGGCUCAGCCGCCGGCACCCCGUGUUUUCGGGAGGUGGGGCAGGGCCUGUCACAGACUGAGCCCCUGGGCCCUGCCCCAGCAGGCGCCUCACCAUCAGGGAUGCCCAGGGCGCCCCGGGGGGCCCCGGGACCCGGCGGCUUCACCCUUGGGUGGCCGCUCGCCUCAAUUUUUUUUUUUUUUUUUUUUUUUUUUUGCCAAAGAUACCCGUCCCCAGCGCGGCCGGGUCGGGCCGGGGAGUUCACGACAAAGACAAAGCGGUCUGGUUUGUCAGCUACGGGGAGGUGGACAGGGGCUGCUGGAGGUGGCCUGGGGGGGGGGUAGAGCCGAGGGAGGCGUGGGGCUGCCCCAGGCUGGGCUGCGGUGACCUGGGGCCGAGCCCGCCCCCCUCCCUGCGGGACACCCCUAACCGCCGCCACACCCCCUCUCCUGCCUUCCGCUCGGUGCCGGCGAAGCCCCCCCCCCCCCCCCCGGCCUGGACCCCCCGGCCCGUGCCCUGACACCUCUGCCUGGGGCUAAUGUGAAGCUUCUCCCCUCCCCGCGCCCCCUCCUCUCCUUUGCACACGAGGCCCCGGGGCGGCCGCCAGCAGCGACUGUCCCCGGCCUCGCAGCCACUGUGCCUUAGCCCGAGCUGGCCGCUCCUGCCCGGGUGCCCCCCCCCGCCCCCCGGGCUGCCCGGGCCCCCCAGUGCCGGCAGCGUCCCUCCGGAGCUGCCGUGGGGCGAGCGGCGGCGGCAGCAGCACCCAAAGCACAGCUGGCAGCGCCCAGCCGGGCCGCCGGCCCCCUCUGUAUCACGUCCGAUUUGUACACGGGCUCCUCGCCCUUUUUUUUUUUUUUUUUUUUCUAUAGUCGAAACCGAACGAGCAAUAAAAUGACAUU